AAGGAGGGAUCACGUGGUCUGUCGCCUUGGGAUGUCGGCUCACUGGAAUGCGCGGGUGAGCUCAGGUCAAAGCUGAACGUCACCAACAGACGCGGCGCAGCUCGUUUUUGACUUGCUGGAAUAAAUAAAGUCGCCGCUCACAAACGUCUUUGGUCAGAUGUGGAUGGAAGAUAAAGAGACUUGAACUGACGCGUUCAGGGACAGCGCUGUUUCCUGGACAUGUGUGGGGGAGGGGAGUGAAAGUGAAAGGAAGAGACGCGCUGAACCAGAGGGUGCGGUUCGAUUCCCGUCUGAUCUGAAGGCUGUUUUUCACUCCAAUAUUUCCAGUCUCUCCAGCUCCGAUCAUCCAGGCGGUGGUGGAACACACACACACACACACACACACACACACACGGGACUCACUGCUGUGGAUCAACACACCGACAUCGAACACAAUCUGAGUUCACAACUUUGGACCGGAACAACUGAGCUCCGACAUGGACCCGAGAUUCACAGGUGUGGACAGACAGGAGGAAGCUCCUCCCUCUAAAGCCCCUCUGGGUGAGGACCAUGGCAGCCAGACCAGAGCUGAGAGAUCAAAGCCACUCACAUCAGACGCUGCUGGACGAGGACACAGACCUGGACCUGCUCCCAGCUGUCAGUCUCUGAAGAGUGACUCGUCUAUGGGAAGGACUAUUAACUUCAGAGGAGGAGAGGAGCAUCAGAGGAGGAGCAGGGUCCAUCAGGAGAAACCAGAAGAGUCUGAACUCAGCUGUCAGUCUCUGAAGAGUGAUGCGUCGAUGGCUCCUCCUCUGAACUUCAAAGGUGGACAAGAGUCUUCAGGAGAGAGGGAGGAUCAGCAGCUCUCAGAUGUUCUCAGUCUCCAGUGUGUCGAGCAGCAUCAGACAGAUCUGGACUCCACACUGCAGCUGUUUGAGGAGACUGUCAUGACUCUGGUGAAGAAGGAGCUGAAGAGAGCCCAAAGGUUCCUCAGUCCAGAUGACCAGAAGAACCUGGAUGGUGAGGAAGAGCUGAAGUGUGACGAGGAGCAGAUGAGGAGCAGCAGAGAAGCUCUCAUGCAGAUCUUCAUGAACAUCCUGAGGAGCAUGAAGGAGGAGAAGCUUGCUGAUGUUCUGUGGAGCAGAAGUGGUGCUGGAGCGUGUGCAGGGCGACUGAAGAGGAGCCUGCAGAAGAAGUUCCACAGUGUGUCUGAGGGGGUCGCUAGAGCAGGAAACUCUGCCCCUCUGAAUCAGAUCUACACAGAGCUCUACAUCACUGAGGGGGGCACAGAGCAGCUCAACCAGGAGCACGAGGUCCGACAGAUCGAAGCAGCAACCAGGCAGCAGACCAGACCAGGAACUACCAUCAGACCAGAAGACCUCUUUAAAGCCUCACCUGACACAGAGCCACCAAUCAGGAGCCUGCUGACGAAGGGCGUGGCUGGCAUUGGGAAGACCCUCCUGACACAGAAGCUGACUCUGGACUGGGCUGAAGACAAAGCCCACCACAACUUCCAGCUCCUGUUUCCUUUCACCUUCAGAGAGCUGAACCUGCUGAAAGAGAAGCAGUUGAGUUUGGUGGAACUUGUUCAUUGCUUCUUUCCUGAAACCAAAGACUCAGGACUCAGCAGCUUUGAAGGAGUCCAGGUUCUGUUGAUCUUGGACGGUCUGGACGAGUGUCGACUCCCUCUGGACUUCAACAGUCGGGUCCUGACAGCAGCUACAGAGUCCACCUCAGUAGACGUCCUGCUGACCAGCCUCAUCAGGGGGAAGCUGCUUCCCUCAGCUCAGCUCUGGAUCACCACACGACCUGCAGCAGCCAAUCAGAUCCCUCCUGAGUGUGUGGACAUGGUGACCGAGGUCAGAGGGUUCACUGACCUCCAGAAGGAGGAGUACUUCAGGAAGAGGUUCAGAGAUGAGGAGCAGACCACCGUCAUGUCUCACAUCCGGAGCUCACGAAGCCUCUACAUCAUGUGUCACAUCCCCAUCUUCUGCUGGAUCACUGCCACAGUUCUGGAGGACAUGUUGAAGAGCAGAGAGACCGGAGAGCUGCCCAAGACCCUGACUGAGAUGUACAUCCACUUCCUGGUGGUUCAGGCCAAAGUCAAGAAGCUCAAGUACCAUGGAGGAGCUGGGACCGACCCAGUUUGGGAUCCUGAGAGCAGGAAGAUGAUGGAGUCUCUGGGAAAACUGGCUUUUGAGCAGCUGCAGAGAGGAAACUUGAUCUUCUAUGAAUCAGACCUCACAGAGUGUGGCAUCGACAUCACAGCUGCUGCACUUUACUCAGGAGUCUUCACACAGAUCUUCAGAGAGGAGAGAGGACUGUACCAGGACAAGGUCUUCUGCUUCAUCCACCUGAGUCUCCAGGAGUUUCUGGCUGCUCUUCAUGUCCACCUGGAGUUCUUCAACACGGGAGUCAAUGUUCUCCAUUCACAACAAAAAUCCAAACUGUCAAGCAUCUUCAGAAAGAAAGUUCGUCCAGGACUGUUCUACCAGUCAGCAGCAAGUGUUGCUUUAGAAAGUCCAAAUGGACAUCUGGACCUGUUCCUGCGCUUCCUUCUGGGUCUUUCUCUGCAGACCAGCCAGAGGCUCCUUCCAGGUUUGUUGACACAGACAGGAAGUAGCUCCUGGACCCAUCAGGACACAGCAGAGCUCAUCAAGAAGAAGAUAAGGGAGAAAGUGUCUCCAGAGAGAAUCAUCAAUCUGUUCCACUGUCUGAGUGAAGUGAAGGACACUUCUCUAGUGGAGGAGGUCCAACAGCAGCUCAGAUCAGGAGCUCUCUCCUCUCGUAAACUGUCUCCUGCUCAGUGCUCCACCCUGGCCUUCAUCUUACUGUCCUCAGAGGAAGAUCUGGACGUGUUUGACCUGAAUAAAUACUCUGCUUCAGAGGAGGCUCUUGAGAGGCUGCUGCCAGUGGUCCAGGCUUCAAAGAAAGUUCUACUGAGCAGGUGUGGACUGUCAGAGAGAAGUGGUUCCCUUCUGUCCUCAGUCCUCAGCUCUCCGUCCUCUAGUCUGACACAACUGGACCUGAGUCUGAACUGGUACCUGAAGGAUGCAGGAGUGGAGCUGCUGUCUGCUGGACUGAAGAGUCCACACUGUCACCUGGAGACUCUCAGCCUGAGCAGCUGUGGACUGUCAGAGAGAAGUGGUUCCCUUCUGUCCUCAGUCCUCAGCUCUCCGUCCUCUAGUCUGACACAACUGCACCUGAGUGACAACAGGGACCUGAAGGAUGCAGGAGUGGAGCUGCUGUCUGCUGGACUGAAGAGUCCACACUGUCACCUGGAGACUCUCAGCCUGAGCUACUGUGGACUGUCAGAGAGAAGUGGUUCCCUUCUGUCCUCAGUCCUCAGCUCUCCGUCCUCUAGUCUGACACAACUGGACCUGAGUGUCAAUGAAGACCUGAAGGAUGCAGGAGUGGAGCUGCUGUCUGCUGGACUGAAGAGUCCACACUGUCACCUGGAGACUCUCAGUCUGUCAUGGUGCAUGAUCUCAGAGAGAGGUUGUGCUUCUCUGGCCUCAGCUCUGACCUCUAACCCCUCCCACCUGAGAGAGCUGGACCUGAGCUCCAACCAUCCAGGAGGACCAGGACUGGAGCUGCUGUCUGCUGGACUGAGGAGUCCAGACUGGAGGCUGGAGACUCUCAGGAUGGACAACUGUGGACCACGAUGGUUAAAGAUCUGACCUGAAGAAGUUGACUCUCACAAGAGACGGAGGGAAAGAAGAGGAGUCUGAGUUUGGACACAAGCUUCUUCCUGGAGUCUGAGCUGCUCUGAUGCUGCUGGACAGAGAGUCUGUCACCAUCAGAGAGAAAUUAUCAUCAGGAGCUCACAAGUCUCUCCCAGAGCAGCAGUGGGGAUGAACUUUGACCUUCUUCUCUGUCAUUUGUCAAGACUGACUCUGAGUCUCAGCAGCCACUCCGUCAUCACGGAGAGUUUCCAACUCUUCUGAUACAACAUUUUGAUGUGGACACUUUAGGAGCCUGUAUUUCGGAGACAUGAACUUCAAAAGUGAAUAAUUUUCCGCUGCGACACCGGAGAUGAACUAGUCAGCAACACCUCCAACUGUCAGAGGCAGGCUGUGCUAGAGUGACCUUUGACCCUUCUGUGGAAGUGAUCCAACAUGACGUGCACUAAGAAUGAAUGUCUGAACGAACUCACGGUUAGUAUUGUUGAUUUUGACAUGAAACUUCUCGUUGAAAGUCCCCAGUUUGUGGUCAGUGGAAGAGGAAGUGGACACGGCUUUGUAGUCCAGCAGACGUACGUGGAGAAAAGAGCUGAAGGUGCAGCAGUAGAGAAACAGUCCAACACAGAAGAACAAAGAGCAUUUCAGAUGAAGAUCCAGGUCGCCGCUCGAAUUCAUCCCAAGGGUGUUUGGUUGUAUCAGGUCCUGUCAGGACUCUGUCAAGUUCACCCACACCAGGCCAUGGAAACCCAUUCCACCAAGCUCUCUGCCUGCUGUACUCGGGCUCAUCUGAAGGCCACAUGAAGUUUGGAGCUGUGCAGAAAGUGGACGCCUCAACAUCCACUGACCCCUCGACAUGGCCGACCACUUGGUGGCUGAGUUGCUACUGUUCCCAAACUCUUCUAUUUUCUUCUAAUAAAGCAGACAGUGGACUGGGGAAUAUUCAGGAGCGAGGAAAUGUCACGACUGGAUUUGUUGCACAGGUGGCAUCCUAUGACAGUUGCCUGGCUCAGCAUCACUCGGACUUCCUCAGUGGACUUCUCUCUGUGUGGAGCUUUGAGCCAGCUCUUGCCCAACCAUAGUGCUCACCACUUCCAUGACAUCAUCGCAGGAGGAAGACAUUCGAUGGCAUGGUGUCGAAUAAAAGCAAGAUAAACACAUCACAUCUACAGCAGCAGAUCACCAAUGAUCUAAUCAAGUUUGAUGAUGUAUCUAGUGACGCAACACAACUCAUUGUAACACACACACACACGUGUCCGGAGGGAAUAAAACCUUCGAGUCUCUCGAGUGUCUCCUCAUCGUAUCUACGUAUUGACGUUUAAAGCUGGUGAAAUGGAGGGUUGUGUGCUGCUGUUCAGCAGUGUGAUGUUUUAGCACUGGCCUGCAGGGGAGGUGGACUGAGAGAAGGAAGAAAUGGCAUCCAUAACAAAGCAGGAAGAAAGAAGAGAAUUGAGUUUUCAUUCAGGAAGAACAUUGUUAUGGUGAGGGUUCAGGGAGGAGGUGGAGCUUUUUGACCCCUGUAACCACAUGGAAAUGGAGUUGCUGUCCUGUGUUUGCACUGGAAUAUACUUCGACUACAAUCAGAGCUUCUGUGUGGAUGAGCUUCAGCCUGUGUUUGAGUUGGGUGUUGUGUUGAGGGGUGUCCCAGCUGGGGUCGAAUUCCAGUGUCUGUAUUUGGAUGUUCAGCAAUGUGUUUACUCACAGUACAUGAGAAUAUUUGAUAUUUAAUGGGAUAUUACAAUUGCAGAAUGGAUUCAGUGAGCAAGCGACUGGUUUCUCCUGUUCGUAGUUUGAAGCCAAGUUUCCAUGUAAUAAGGCAAACACAGUUCCUGCCCAGGUGUGGCUGAGUUGUGGGAGGAAGGAGGAGUUGAUGGUCAUGUGAUCUGAUCCAGCGCCCCCUUGUGGAGAGGGAGGGAAUUAUGGGGAAGAUGGUUCUGUUUAUUUUUUUUUGUAGUAUUUUAUUUUCCAGUUUUCAAUAAUGCAAGACAGAACAUACAUAUCCCACCAAAUCCCCCAUAACAAAAAACAAACAAACAAACAAACAAAAAACAAAAAACAAAAAACAAAACAAAAGGAAAGGGUGCACUCCAUACACAAAAGAAAAUAUAUAUAUGAUCCUUUCAGGCGUUCAUACAUUAUAUUACAGAGAGAACAUUACAGUCCAGAGGUGUCUAGAGUCAUCCGUGCGAUGUCAUAUACAUUAAAAAUGGCUGCCAAAUCCGUUUAAACUUUUCAGUUCUACCUGCUAAAGCAUAGCGAAUAUUCUCCAUGUAAAGGGUAUUUGAAAAUUCCAUCAGCCAUAUGUCAGAGCGAGGUGGAACUUCUUUAUUCCAGUACUGCAGAAUAGUCUUUUUUGCCAGAACCAUGCGAUAUGAAACUGCCACUCUUUGAUAAUUAUUUAAAUCUUCCAUUUGUUGUGAGCUACCUAAAAUGGCCGUUCCAGGGUUAGGAGAUAAAUCUCUACACAAAACCUCAGAGCAAAUCUGAAAUAUUUCUUCCCAGUACUGAGUGAGUUUAGGGCAGAAAAAUAACAUAUGACCUAAAGUUCCCUCAGACUGUUUGCAUUUGAUACAUAACGGAGAUGUGGAGCUUCACUCUGGAGUCAUGAAGCCUGUGUACUACCUUAUAUUGGAUCAACUGGUGCCUUGAGUUGACUGAACAAGAGUGGAUGUUGCCUAGGCAUUUAGACCAACCUUCUGCUGUUAUUUCUCUUCCUAUUUCACCUUCCCAUAAGGCCCUGUGGUGUUCAGGACUCGGUGUCAUAGAAGAGUCACAUACGUUUACAAACAAAGAUGCCAGGUGCUUUGUUGAAGGUUUGGUUAUUAUAAUGGAUUCAAGUUCUUCCAGGGGGGAGUAGACUUCAAAAUGUGAAAUAUUAUUUUGAACAAAACUCCUGAUUUGUAAGUAUCGAAAAAAAUCUGAUGUAUGAAGUGUAUACUUUUGCUGUAAUUGGGCAAAUGAUGCAAAAACAUGAUCGAUAUACAGAUCAUUAAUGGUGACUAGUCCUUUUCUUUUCCACACCAAAAAACCAGCAUCUAGUUUUGA